AUGGAAGGGGGGGAGUUGGUUCUCCGAAAUCCUGAUCUACGGCAGACAAUAGUGGAUACUUUGAUAGACGGUGCUAAAGGGAUGUUUCUUUGGGUUCGAUUCCAGCUGAACGAAUUGUGCAUAGCGGAAACGGACGAGGCCAUCAAAGAAACUCUACGCGACUUACCGAAAGAUCUCACCGAAACUUACGAUCGGCUACUAAGCAGGAUUGAAGGUAGCCAACGGCGAGAACUAGUGAUCCGAAUGUUCCGAUGGAUCACUUGCGCUCGCCGGCCCCUCAUUGUGGAUGAACUUUGCGAGGGAAUCGCUUUCGGCAUCGACGAUACCAAAUGGGACAUUAAUAAAAUUCCGACAGACUUUGUCAGACUGAUAAGAGCAUGCAACCAUCUAGUAAUCAUCAACGAUGAAACUAAGACCGUUCAAUUCGCCCAUUACACUGUUCAACAGUACAUUUUGGACAAUCAAGCAGCCAAAGACAUGUUUUUCCAUUUCACAGAUCCAGAAGGUCAGGAAGCGCUCGGCGAGACCUGUGUUGCUUACUUGAACUUCUCAGAUUUCGAGACCCAACUUGGACCAUACAAAAAUGGACAUAUCACUCCUGGUAUAGCUGCCAUCGAGCGGGUCGUGGCAGGCUCCGAUCUCGGUCUGCCCAAAAACCUAUCAGUAGAUGCUAUGAGAUUUUUCAGUCGUAUCACGUAUGGCAAAGCCAGUCGUCCUACGAAUAUUGACUAUGCCCGACAUAUACCACGGGACCCAGAUCCUGUCGAGCACCUGCUGGAACGUUAUCGUCUUCUUAGCUAUGUUCGAGAGCACUGGUUGUGGCACGCCAUGAGCUUCACAUACGAAGGCCAUGCAGAGAACAAGCGAGACAUCAUGUAUCGUGAUCUUUUACUGGAGAAGCACUUGCCUUUCUCCUUCAGGCCUUGGCACACUAAUGGGAAAACCCAGGGUACAUAUCCUUACUUGGAGCCCAUUGGAUGGGCUCUAGCAGCCAACCACUGCUCGUUGAUCCGAGCGAUAUCGACGACAGAAAAGACCUUCGAAGCUAGCAGUUACUUUCAGCAUGCAGCCGGAUGGUUCUUCGAAAGCAGUGACGAUAAUUUCAUAUCGCAACAUAUGAUGGAUCGUCUACAGGACUGUACACAGAACACUGGGGAUCCGAAAUCUAAUGUAAAACUGGGGUGGCUCUAUUCCAGGAUGCUGAAUGCGUGUCAUCGUGGCAACUUGGAUGCCCUGGUUCUCUGUAUGCCACAAAUUUCUUCUACCUCAGGAGCACAGGAGAGUCCCUGGGUCAGAAUUAGGGGACAUCUGAUUCUUGAAGCCGCAAGAAACAACCAUACCACAAUCAUCACUGAGAUCUUGGGAUUCCAUACUUCACCAGAUGUGGGACUGUACGAAGACUUCACAACGACUUACAAGGAGAGUAAUUGCAACGCUCUGGAGAUCGCUGCACUGAGCGGACACAUGGAGAGCACUCAACUUUUGCGCCACCAUGGUUGGCAUCCGAGUACACUUCUUGCAUCUCGAGGCCAAAAGGGGAUCCACCAACUCGAUGAGGCAGUCAGAACUUGCAACUUGGACGUCAUUGCCACUUUACUGGCAACUCUCAGAGUGGCUGGAGAAUAUCCUCACUUCAAUUAUUUGGAAGAAUGGAAAAUGGUCGCCUUUGUGAGCGCUGCUUCUGCUGGCCGACUUUCCGCUGUUCGACUUUUCCGCGAGUGGGGUCUGGAUCCAUUGUCCAAUGGCCAUGGCAUGUGUCCGUUCAUGCGAGCUAUAAGAGAGGGCCAAGCCGAAGUGGUAGAGUACUUGCUCGAUAAAGACUACGAGUUGGGGGUUCCGGGAUGUGGAACGGAGACCAACAUCGAGGGUCUACCUCUCGGUCUUGCUGCUUCGAUGGGACACUUGAAAAUUGCCGAUAUGCUGAUCAAAUGCGGAGCCGACACGUUCUCCAGCGCUGUCAGUGAUUACGCUGGGGGUCGCUUUUUGAAUCAUGGUACCAUUGAGGUGUCCCCCACUCCACUCUACGCUGCGUCUGCCAAUGGCCAUGUUGAAAUGGUGCGGUAUCUCCUGGAGCAUAACGCAUGUCCGAGCCUGUUGAGCCCCACAGGUAUUUUGGAGCUAGAUUCAGUUCAUCCAGACACGGUAACAAUACGCCGCCGAAUCUUCUACUCAGAUAGCCGUGCAGAGGCUAGAGACAUUCUCUCCCGGAUCGAUGUGGCGUAUUAUCAGACACCGCUCUUGGGAGCUACGAUUAAAGGACAGCUUGAGGUCGUCAAGAUUUUAUUGCAGCGUCAAAUCGAUGUCAACAUCAAAGAUUCGAAUGGAGACUCGGCAUUAUUCCUAGCAGCCGCAAUGGGGCAUCGAGAAAUCAUGUCCGCGUUGUUGAGAGCAGGUGCAAAUAUAAAGGACCUUGCUCCUGAAGCCAGGGUGGCGGGACAGCUUUUGAAGUGUGCUGAAAAUCCGGCGCGUGCCAUGGGCAUAAAAUGCCUGUUAGAGCUAGGAGUUUAUCCAGACUAUGUCAACAUGGAGGGGCAAUCUUCACUUUUUAAUGCAGCUAGGACCGGCUCGCCUGAAAGUGUUGUUGCGCUCCUCGAGGCGGGAGCUGAUAUCGAGAGAAGAGAUUUCAAGAAGAACACUCCACUUCUAACGGCUUGUGCGAAUGACAACGCAGAGGCUUUAGCUAUCCUGAUCAGGUCUGGGGCUAACUUGCACGUCAAAAGUGCCCACGGACAAUGUCUCCUGCAUUUGGCUUGUCGUCGCGGGAACGCUGAUAUGGUGAAGCACAUUUUGGAUGCUGGCAUACCAGUCGACACUAAAGACAGUCAAGGGUAUACUGCUCUGCUAGCCAAUUGUGACACUGGUCUCGGUUACACUGCAGUAAUUGAAUUGCUUGUCUCUCGUGGCGCCGAUGUAAACUUCUGCAAAACGUGGCUGCCGGGAGGAAGAACGCCAUUAAUGAUGGCUGCUCAGAAUGGCUCGGAGUCAAUACUUUUAGCGCUGAUCAAAGCCGGAGCUAGGUGGGACCAUGCUGAUGUAAAUGGGAAAACAGCGCUUUUUGCUGCUGCAAGUCUCAUUGGCAAUGAAUCCGCUGUUCAGAAUAUUUUUGACGACGGGGCGUCUGCGUCUCUGACAACGAAGAAAAACGCCGGACUAAGCAUACUAUCAAUAGCCCUUGCUGCGAGACACGAGCAGUUGUUACAAUUGCUUUGCUAA